UGCUUGUAACCAGAUAAGCCCGAUGAACGCAGUGUACCUAGCUGUCUACUCUAUGCAGUAUACCGCACUGGCAGUACAGUUGCAGUAUGUCAGUGUGGUGGACGGUAUCAGAAGGCGGUUACAAUUGGUCAACGACCGCAUUUUCGAAGAGGUCAACCGCCGUCGUUUCCGUGGCUUGCUCAAGCUCGGUCACCUGCCUCCUGUCGACUUACCUGAGCUGCAGAGGGUUGCAUCGAUCCCUCCUGUUGACAUCCAUUGCUUGAGUGAUCUCCACUGGUCUCUGUGCAGCAUCAUCCACCGCACAAACUCUGUCUUCAGCUGGCAACUACUGGCGCACGUGGUGACUCUACUGCUACAUACCAUCAUCGCUCCCUACUCGUUGUUCACCGCCAUGAGCUUAUACACACAGGGUCACCUAACUGACAGAUAUCUGGGUCAUCUCUUCAUGCAGGCUGUCUGGGCUGUCAAGCACUGGGUACAGCUGUUGUUGCUGGUAUGGCCCUGCUCUGCUGCAACCCAAGAGGCAAACCGAACAGCUUCCAUUGUAUGUAAACUUCUCAACAAGGAAAUGAGUCCAGAAACUAGAAAACAGCUGGAAACAUUGGUGCUACAACUGUUUCACCACAAUGCCGAGUUCUCAGUGUUUGGACUCUUCACUCUACAUUUUCCAAUAUUGACCUCAAUUGCUGGAGCAGUAACAACAUACCUGGUAAUCCUCAUCCAAUUUCAAAAUGCUGAUUCAAAUGACAACAGUGAUACUCCUUCCAAUACUUAAAUACUUAUCUUUAACUUACUGGUAUAUGCCAGAAUAGACAGUUACGAUUGAAUUUGCUUGACCAAGUCAUACCAUAAACUUAUUAUUUUAAAUUAUGUGUUAAAACUAAGAAAACAUAAAUAACACAUGUUGCCCACCA